AUGGCGAUGAUGAUGGCUGGCCGUGUGCUGCUGGUGUGUGCCCUCUGCGUGCUGUGGUGCGGUGCCGCUGCGGUCAUGUGCGAUGGUGGCGCCGAAAUGCAAGGUGUAGAAGGAUCCGGGGGUUCACAGCAUGUAUCUGGAGAUCCAGACGGUAGAGGAGGUCAAGGGGAAACAGAAGUUCCAUUCCCGCCAGAGUCCGACACCGUAAUUAAAUCGUUGGGUGUAGGAGAUGGAAGGGAUCCUAAGCAGCUGAAUGGAGUUGUCGUAACACCACCAACAAACCCUGACAGAAAGGAGGAAGAAAGAGAAAAAGAAAAAAGUAAAGAAGAAAAAGUGGUUGCAGAACAAACAGAAAAUACUGUAAUUCCAAAGGAAGAUGAAAAGAUAUCACAAUUAAAAUCGAUGUCAGAAGAUGAAGGAGAAACGGCUCCGCUAGCAGCUGAAGAAACUCCACCAGCAUCAACAGGUGUAACGUCAACAGCACAAAAUGGAAACUCACCAGAAGAUUUAACUGCGAUACCAGGAAAAGAAAGAGUCCUUCCUGAGGAUCAUUCCGACCAGCCACAAGGAGGCAAAAAUCCAGCAGACGGAUUGGCAGCAAAAAUGUCAAGGGAAAAAGGGGAAGCUCCAGAAGCACCCCCAUCGCCACUUGCAAAAAAUGAAAAACACGAAGUAGAUUUAAAGGCAACAACAAAUAAUGAAAAAGACAGCCUUGAGAAUGGCGUUUCCGUCAAAAAAACAGAAGUUCUCCUGGAAGACAAGGAGGUAACAAGCAAUCUGCGAAAAGAAGGCCUUGCAUCCACCACCGGCAACCAAGAGAGUGACCCAUCGAACAGCCAUGCCGAAUCGACACCACCAUCAAACUCAGGUGCCAGUAAUGCUUCCAACGAUGACGCUGACACGGAUACUAAUGAAGAGAUUUUGAAUAAUGAUUCAGCCGCUGGUGGUGCAGCGACAGAAGGAGCACACCAAGGUGAAAAUAAAGAAGACAAUACGAAGGAAACAACACCGCUCAGAUCUGCCGCUAUGAUAAAUGAAACGGCUCCAACUGGCGACAGUGACGGCAGCACCGCGGUCUCCCACACCACCUCCCCUCUUUUGCUUCUUCUUCUUGUUGUUGUUGCGUGUGCGGCUGCUGCUGCGGUGGUGGCCGCGUGA